GUUGUGGGCCUUUGGUUGUGGAAUAGAGAGGCUCAUGGAGGGGGAAGCGCCGCCGUGACCGGGCUUUUGGGCCGGGCCGAGAAAAACGGCCCGCAAGCCCAUCUGGUGCCCAAAGCGAGGACGGCGAUGGCAUCCUUAAAUACUCGGGGCCGCGGCGCCCGAGCGUAACCGUCUCAACGGACACCGCCUCGCCUGAGCGCCAACAAACCACCUCUCUCCUCCACCGCCUCUGCUCUCUCCAGCAGCCCACCGGCGGCGAGCUAUGGACCAGUUCCAGGACGGGCAGCACGUGUGGCUGCGGAGCCGCGUCCGCGGCAAGUACCUCUACGCCAGAGGCGACGGGGAGAGCGUCCGCCUCCGCGAGGGCCGCGCGUCGCUCAAGGCGGCGUGGGCGGUGCACCGCCACGUCGGCAUCGACGGCGUCGAGUACGUGCUCCUCCACAGCGCCGCCUACGGCCGCUACCUCGCCGCCACCGACGACCGCGCGCCCCUCCACCUCUGCGGCUACCGCGUCGUGCUGCAAAACUACGACCAGGACCCGAUGGAGGCCAUCAGGUGGCAGGCCGUCAUCCCGCCAGGGGCGGCUGAGGACGACGUCCUGCUCCGCCAAGUCCGCCGCGGCCACCGCUACCUCCGCGCCAACGGGAAGAUCCAGCGCUGGAUCAAGGGCGUCAGCGUCGACGACCCCCAAAACAUCACCACCAUGAUGCACUGGGUGGUCGAGCCCAUCCCCGCCAUGCAGGGCAUGCCUGCACUUCCACCUCCCACCGCCAGGGACCGCCACCCGGGAGACCUCUCGGUCUGGCUCGGGUUUUCGCCGGCAUCGAUUCGGACGAUUCGAUACGUACGGGCAGACGACGACGGAGACUACCCCGAGCUCGAGGAGGUCUGGUACGCGCUCCAUUUCACGGGGAGGUCCGUGCACCGUCUGCGGGGCCUUCUGAGGGACGAGCUGGCCAAGGACGACCACGUCGCCCCCGUCGCCGCCGCCGACCUCAUCAUGUGCGUCCGAGCGGGACGCCACGGGAGGCUCACCCCACUCGUCGUCAACCUACCCCACUAUGGCGAUUCAUUCCAGAUCGUCCUCAUCAUGGACGGGACACCAGCCAGCGCUGAGCUGCGACACCCGAAUGUCAACGCAUAGUAGAGAAGAUCAGAGCGGGAGUCCUGACAGUUUGCCUCUUCAGAAACUUGGCCACCUCGGACAUGACGACAACAGAACUGGGGGCCUACUAUUGCAUAGACAGAUAGAUAUAGGUUCAUUAAACUCAGCAGCUCUCGUGUUUCUUCUGCUAGUUAAACUUGAUCCGCUCUCCUGACAGGAGGAACCUGUCCGUUUGGUUCUAAGAUCCAGAACUACUGAAAGCGUUCGGUGAAAUGGCUGAACAUUUUUGUAGUGACAGUACUGUUUGUAGUUGCUUUAGUAUUGCUCUUGUGAUCGACGUGAUGUGGUUUCCUGGAUGAAGCAUUUCGCUGUAGGAGUUGUUGCAGUGAGUUGAAUAGCUAAUAAUCCUGCAUUCCUUGUGGAUGAUGGAUGCAUAUCAUGCGUUUCCUACGAAUGAAAAUGCAGUGGUUCUUGCAAUGA